UUUGAGGCUGCAGCCUCCCCGAAUCAUCUGUUCCAACAGCGGACGAAGAGAUGUUGUCGUGUCAUAUUGUGUCGUGAGCGUUCAACAAGUCACCAUGCAAGUGAGCCUUGCACGAGAACGAGGGAGGGUCACGAAGCAUGUCGGACAGUCGACAGUCAUCUCAAUGCCUUCCAGAACCUCAUAAUCUGUCCUCCUGCUCGAUGUUCGUUCGUUCGUUUCAUCUUCAAAUGGUUGAAGUGGCUACAGCCAGCCCGACAUGUCAUCGAGGUCCUUGAACUCCGAGAGGGACGAAGGAACGGGGGCCCAUGGGAUCUCUCUCUCUCGGGUUCACUUCACGGUCUCCAAGACCCGGAGCAGACGGGAGGAAUCAGCGGUUCGGAACGAAAGCGCGGAUCGAGAACGAAGGCCGAUUGGGGAAGAACCCCUCGGCCGUCACGUGGACAAGGGCCCAGAAGACGUUAAACCCCAGGCGUCAUGGUGCUGAAGAGCGAUUGGGCCGCGGGUGGUGACAGGGCCGGGGGGACGGAGGGCCUGUGGCGUGCUGCAUGCACGGUCAGCGGCCGUAGGUCGGGGGGCUGCGCUCGUGGAUACCGUAGCACGCUCUCGUUCCUUUCUUCGUACGGGAUAAUAUUAAAGGGCCCGAAGCCUGGAGAAGGUACGUGCCCUCUCUCGAGCUUUCGCCACCUUGUCAGUCCGAUACUUCAUCCACUGCAGACAUCGCCCGCAGUCACAGACACAGACACCCUCCGACCCGAUCGUCGAGCUUCCACUCAUCGAUCACGACGACGACGAGCAAUCCCGUCCUCCCGUGGACGAGAAUUCGUUCUACUCUUCUUCGAGCAAAUCACGGACUUUCGCAAAUUACCGCAACCACUUGAUUUCGUGCUCAGAGCCUCUGCCCUUUCCAUCGGCCGCCAGUGAGGCUGAUUCAGGAGGAUGGCUUCAGCAUCUACGCUUCAUGUGCUUCCUGCUUCUGAUUCUGCUUCCGGAGCAAUUCCUGUCACCUCUAACUCGACGACACGACAUGUCUGCGGUCUAGCACGCUCUCCGUUGCUCCCGCAGAGAAGGCAAGCAGCAGUCCUGCAAUCGAAGAUUUGGGGCUGCAAAGUGCGAGGGGAAAGUCGACAGAAGUUGGAUCUUAAGCAGACGAAUCUGCGGCAGUUCACUGUCGCUGCCAAGGAAGAGGAUGAUGGCAAGCCUUCUAAGUCACCCAGUGCCUUGAUGGAGGAGGAGGAAAAGAAGAAAGACGAAGGUGCUAGUCCAGAGCAGAAUGCGGGUGAGAAAGUGGACUGGAGAAAAGACGAAGACAUGAAGAAGUUUUUAACCAACCCGUCCAUAGAAACACUGCUGAAGGUGGAGUCGAAGAGGACCGAGCAGAGGCUCAAAGAGCUCGAGAGUCUUCAAGACAAAGGAAAUGUGUUCACCGACUUUUUUAACAACUUGACCAAGAGUAACCUCCGCCGAGAGAAGGAACGAUUAGAGAAAGCUCAGGAAACCUUCAAAGCUUUGGAUAUCGGCAAGCUGAAGAGCGUCUUUGGUUACGACUCGUUUUAUGCAACCGACGCCAGACGGUUCGGAGAUGGAGCAAUCUUUGUGGGAAACAUGCGAAAGCCAUUGGACGAGGUGAAACCCAAACUCGAGGCUAAGCUUUCGGAGGUGGCGGGACGGGAAGUGGACAUCUGGUUCAUGGAGGAAACUCCAGAGCCCGGAGUCACAAAGCAGAUCUGCGUGGUCCAGCCAAAAGUGGAAAUAGACUUGCAGUUGAGCGCUGAGAAACUGAGCACCCCCUACGGAUAUCUGAUAUCGGCGCUCCUGGGAGUGACAACUCUGAGCACCAUCGCUCUGACGAGCGGUUUCUUUCUACCAGCCUACGCUACUUUCGAUGAUUACGUAUCUCGGGUGCUGCCACUCUUUGCUGGUUUCGUAGCUAUCAUCACCGCUUCCGAGGUCGCCACCAGGUUGACAGCUGCAAAAUACGGAGUGAAGCUCAGUCCAUCAUUCCUGAUCCCGUCCACUUGGACCGGGUGCCUUGGAGUACAAACCAACUUCGAGUCGCUGGUGCCCAGCAAGAAGGCACUUUUUGACAUUCCAGCAGCCAGGAUCACGAGCGCAUACCUAACUUCCUUCGCCGUGGCGCUAACGGCCUUCGCCAUCGAUGGCAGCAUCAACGGAGGCGACAACGCAUUGUACAUCAGACCGCAGUUCUUCUUCAGCAAUCCUCUCUUGUCCUUUGUGCAGUACGUCACCGGCCCAUACACCGAUGAACUGGGCAAUGUUCUGCCCCAAGCUGUGGAAGGCUUGGGAGUGCCAGUUGACCCUCUGGCUUUCGCGGGAUUGCUAGGGAUUGUGGUCACUUCUCUGAACAUGCUGCCGUGCGGGAAGUUGGAGGGGGGACGAAUCACGCAAGCGCUCUUCGGAAGAAGACAAGCCAAGCUGCUGUCAUUUUUCACAUCCUUGGCACUGGGAGCUGGAGGAUUAUCGGGCAGUGUUCUGUGCCUGGUCUGGGCCUUCUUCGUCACCUUCUUCCGUGGCGGUGAAGAGCUUCCUGCACAGGACGAGAUUACGCCCGUCGAUCAAUCCCGCUACGUAUGGGGUUUCGCUCUUGCCCUCAUUUGUGCCUUGACCCUCUUUCCCAACAGCGCUGGCACCUUCCCCAGCCCCCUCUACACUCCUCCCUUCUUCAGAAACGACUUCUAGCCCUGUCGUCGAUCUCAUACUACUCGCCUGACAACGAGUCAACUGGUUCUACCAUCAACACCAAAACCUCGGCCAUCACAAGCAUCCCUCAGAGCUCGGAGCUCGUACCUUCACUGUCAACUAACUACUCCUCGAGUCAACUGCGCCACCCGGGUGCGAACGAGAGUGUACUGUCCUCUCCAUCGAGCUCGUAGUGGAAGAGUGUACAAUAGAGCGCGUGUGUAAAUUAUGGAGACGCUGCAGUAUUCCUAGGUCAGCUUUUUGUUUCAUUCAAAACCGAAUGAAGGUAGUACCAGAAGGUACAGCUGUAGAUGUGAAAUUCUAUGUUAUAAAGUGGAAGUAUCAUUGUACAAAUUUCACGAUGUUAUAAAGUUAUUAUGAGAGACAGAACAACCGGAUGCAUCCUCUCGGCAGCACGA